UCAACUCCCAAGAGAGAGAGACCAGGCUGCUGCUUCUUCUUCUUCCUCCUCCUUCCCCUUCCUUCCCGCUUCCCUCGUCAACCAAACCACCCCCCAAAUCAAACCAAACCAAAUCAAACCACCACGACCCGGCUCGCGCAGCCUCCCCUCUCGCCGCCCACCAAAUCUCCCGGCGCGCCCGCCCAUUCGGACGACCACCGCCGAUCGCCCCCCGCCCCGCCUCCCCGAUGCUUCCCCGGGCCGCCGCGGAGGAGAUAUGACCCGGCGGGGAACCGCCCCCGCCGCCGACGCCGACGCCCCAACGCCAUGGACCCCUCCGAGCGCCCCGCCGUCGUCAUGGACAACGGCACAGGGUACAGCAAGCUUGGCUUUUCUGGAAAUUCCGAGCCAUCUUUCACCAUCCCUACUAUAGUAGCCGUGAACGAAUCUUUCUUGGACCAAUCAGAGCAGUGCAGUAGUGCAAAUUGGUUAGCACAGUAUAAUGCAGGCGUCAUGGCUGACCUUGAUUUUUUUAUCGGGGAUGAGGCUGUGUCGCAUUUGAGAUCCAGUGGCCUGUACAGUUUAAGAACCCCAAUUCGUCAUGGUCAGGUUACUGACUGGGAUACGAUGGAAAGAUUUUGGCAGCAAUCCAUUUUCAAUUAUCUACGCUGCAACCCUGAAGAACACUACUUCCUUCUUACAGACAGUCCUGUCAGUACGCCUGAAAGUCGUGAAUGUAUGGGAGAAAUAAUGUUUGAGACCUUCAAUGUCCCUGGUCUAUAUAUUUCUGUCCAAUCUGUGCUCAGCCUCUCUGCUGGAUAUGCAUAUCUGAGAUCUCUUUCUGAAGAGGAAGCAGAUUCUGAGUCUGAUAUGACAGGUGUAGUAGUUGACAUUGGGGAGGGAGCUCCACAUAUUGUCCCAGUUGUAAACGGCUAUGUAAUUGGGAGCAGCAUAAAGUCUUUUCCUCAUUCUGGAAGUGAUGUAACUCAGUUUGUUCUGCAGCUUUUACAGGAAAGAGGUGAGCUUCUUCCACCUGAUGACGCUUUGGAUAUUGCUCGUAGGGUGAAAGAAACAUAUUGCUAUACUUCUUCAGACAUUGUCAAGGAGUUCAAGAAGCAUGACAGCAAGCCUAGUAAAUAUAUCAAGCAAUGGUCUGCAGUCAAACCAAAGACUGGGGUCCCAUACACAAUUGACAUUGGAUAUGAGCGUUUUCUUGGACCAGAGAUUUUUUUCAACCCUGAGAUGUAUUCUGAGGACUUCUUCACUCCUUUACCUGAACUGAUUGACAACUGCGUUCAAUCUGCACCAAUUGACACAAGGAGAGCUCUGUAUAAGAACAUAGUAUUAUCUGGUGGAUCUACCAUGUUUAAAGACUUCCACAGGAGACUCCAAAAUAAUUUGAAGAAGAUAGUAGAUGAGCGUGUUGCCGCAACUAAUGCCUGUCAUCAUGUGGAGGUGAAACCUGUUGAAGUCAACGUUGUCACCCAUCCUAUACAGAGCUAUGCAGUUUGGUUUGGCGGUUCAGUAGCUGCAUCUAGCCCUGAGUUUUUCGAGUGUUGCCACACAAAGGAAGAUUACGAGGAACAUGGAGCAAGCAUCUGCCGAACAAGCACUGUUUUCAAAGGAAUGUACUGAAGAUCUGAUGGAUCGAAAACUAUUUUUUGUAGGAGCUCGUUUAGGUUUCUCCGAAAAUAGAAUAGUCAAAUUUGAUUCUUUUAUUUUGGCCCCGUCCCAACCAUAACUCGUCAUCCUAAUUAGAUUGGUAUGUAGCUCUCUCUGUUCUGUACCGCAUUUUGUGCAUAGCCCACAAACUCUUCCUGUUCCAGGUGCAUGUUUGUAGCCAAUUUUGUCUUACCCAGAAAGAAUUUUCACUCUUGCGAUUGUGCUGUUGUUUAUAUACAGAUAGAUUGGAUGAACAGUUCUGUUCUUUUUUGCAUGAA